AUGAGUCAACAAUCACAAUCCGGCCUGGGGAACUCCUUCCAGAGAGGUUACAAUGUCGAAUCCGAAGGCGCCACUAUUUACUCGGCGUCUUAUUCUGGUGUGGAUGUAUACGAGAUGGAGGUCAACAAUAUCGCCGUGAUGCGCCGUCGCAACGACUCAUGGCUUAAUGCCACACAGAUCUUGAAGGUCGCCGGAGUUGAUAAAGGAAAGCGCACCAAAAUACUUGAGAAAGAAAUCCAGACGGGCGAGCACGAAAAGGUUCAAGGUGGUUAUGGAAAAUACCAGGGUACUUGGAUCAAAUUCGACCGCGGCGUACAAGUCUGCCGCCAAUACGGAGUUGAGGAGCUUCUGCGCCCACUCUUGACAUACGAUAUGGGUCAAGAUGGCGGUGUUGCUGGCCAAGGCGAUUUCAACACACCUACCAAGGAACAAGCCAUGGCUGCACAAAGGAAACGACUAUACAAUCAAAGCGCGGACGGGAGACCCAAUGGCAUUAGUGGGACCUUCUUCAAGAACAUUUCGACCACUGCCUCACAUGCCGUUGCGGCCAUUAGUAAAGCUCGCUUCGACUCACCUGGCCCUCGAAGCCGUAAUGGUCCUUCAAGAGCACCCUCUUUCAGCCGUCAAGCUUCAAUGCAAAAUGGUGAUGAUUUCCCCAGUAACUCGCAGCAAAGUUUUGCCUCGGACUAUGGACAGCAAGUCGACUCGGCAUACUCCACACAACAAGUCAACAACUCUGUGCAAAUCACCGAGACAGAGCCUCCCCGGAAACGCCAACGAGUCACCAUGACACCUGCCGAAAGCUUCACUGGUGGAUAUGGGUCGAAUAUGGAUAUGUACGCGGCGGCUUUCCCUGGCUCACCAACCGAACCUAAUGAGUCGUUUAUGUAUACCCAAAACACUAUUCAAGAUCGAUCACCCGUUGAGGAAGGCAACGGACCUUUGCCUCCCCUCCCUUACGAGAUGUCCCCAGAUAUUGAAAUGAAGCGUAACAUGCUGAUGAGCUUGUUUCUGGAAGCACCCGGCACCGACCCUACAAAGCAUGAUAUGCUCCGUACUUACACGCCAUUGGAACUGGAUAUGCCCAUCGAUCUGCAGAGCCACACUGCUCUCCACUGGGCUGCCACACUAGCUCGCAUGCCUCUUCUACGCGCCCUGAUUGCCGCCGGUGCUUCUCCAGCCCGUGUGAACGCCUCAGGCGAAACAGCCUUAAUGCGUGCUUGCUUGGUAACAAAUUCACAAGACCACAACUCGUUCCCUGAUCUCCUGGAGGUUUUGGGCGGUACGAUAGAGGCUCGUGAUCACAAGGGACGGACUGUUCUUCACCAUAUCGCAGUUACCAGCGCCGUCAAGGGACGAAAUGCCGCGAGCCGAUAUUACCUCGAGAGCCUUCUAGAGUGGGUUGUGAGACAGGGUAGUGCGCCCAACAGCCAAAAUACUCAAACAAAUGGAAAUGGCUCACAGGCAGCCAGCCCAAAGAUGGGCAUUGCGCGCUUCAUGAGCGAAAUAGUCAAUGCUCAGGACAGCGUAGGCGACACAGCCCUGAAUAUUGCCUCAAGGAUCGGAAAUCGCAGCAUUAUCUCACAGCUAUUAGAGGUCGGCGCUGACCCCAACAUCGCAAAUCGUGUUGGUCUUCGACCUCUUGACUUUGGUAUCGGUAGCGAGAAUGCUGAGGAGAAGACGAAUGGCGAAGUCAACACCGAAAAGAACGGUACAACAGGAGCAAACCAACGCAGUCGAGAGAGCAGUGAUGAGAUCGUUGCCUCCAUCUCCCAUCUCCUGACAGAAACAGGCUCAGCCUUCCAAAAUGAGAUGAAGGCUAAGCAAUCUUCCCUGGACACCCUUCACAGCACGCUCCGCACUACAUCAACACAACUUGGCGAGGCUAGGCGAAGUCUUGAGCAUUUGAGCGCCACACUUAAGAAGCAGCAAUUGGCUCGAAACAAGGUUGCCAACCUGUCACACGCUCGAGAGCACGAGCAAGUAAGCCUUAUGCAGGAGCAGUCCCGAGCAUCUCAGCCCAACCCUUCGUCGUCCUGGGAAACCGAGCUAUCAGCUAUGCUUGAAGCUGCCGAUGACACAUCAGGCGGAGAUUCCAGCGGCGAGGGUCUUCUCCCUUCUGCAGCAGUUCUCCGCGCUCGCAUACGUGCUGUGGAGGGACGUCGCGAGAUGACCCGUAAGAUGGUGGCGGCCCUAAAAGGGCGAAGCCGUGAUAGUGAAGUCAAGUAUCGCCGUGUGGUGGCUCUCUGCACCGGAGUCCAAGAAGACGAAGUUGACGCUGUUAUCGAUGGUCUACUCAAGGCUGUGGAGAGCGAACACGAAGAGCUCGAGAUCAACCGUGUCAGACGUUUCCUUGGUGGAGUUGAGGGUGUUGUGCACUAG